AUGGCUGACCACGGCUGGGGUGCUGCCCCCGCUGUCACCGAGGCUGAGGCCGGUCCUUGGGGCACUGCGGAUCUGAAGUCGGCUCUCUCCGAUACCAACGGCCACAGCGGCCCUGCUCCCGUCGAGCAGGCCGUCCCUCCCAAGCUCGAGGGUUGGGUUGAGGCGACGCCCUACCACUACGACGAGUUUGCCAAUCGGGAGACCGAGUGGGAUGGCCAGGCCCGCAUUUAUGAGUGGGAUGGCGAAGAGGGUGACAUUGGCCCUGAGCUCCCGGAGUUGGAGGUCCAACUCUUUGGCCCCGUCGAGGAGCGCGGCCGCAGGGGAAUCGACUUCUCCGCCAUCGCUGAGCUCCAGCUGGUCCAAGAGGGACCUACUCGAGUCGAGCCUAUCGACUCUUUCAGAGCUGCUGGCCUGCACCCGGCCAUGCUCCGCAACGUCGAGCUUGCGGGCUAUGAUUUGCCGACCCCUAUCCAACGUUACUGUGUCCCCGCGAUUAGCCAGGGCCAUGAUGUCAUUGCCAUUGCGCAGACUGGUUCUGGCAAGACAGCGGCUUAUAUGAUCCCCAUCAUCAACAAGCUGAUGGGCAAGGCAAAGAAGUUGGCGGCCCCUCGUCCCAACCCUGUCACCUAUCAGCCCGGAAUCGACCAGCCCUGCAGAGCUGAGCCUUUGGUUGUCGUCGUCUGCCCCAGCCGUGAGCUGGCGGUUCAGAUCUUCAACGAGGCCAGAAAGUUCUGCUAUCGCUCCAUGCUGCGCCCUUGCGUCAUCUACGGCGGCGGUCCGAUGAGGGAGCAGAUGGAGCAGAUUGCGAAAGGCUGCGACAUUCUCGUCGCAUCUCCUGGUCGUCUUAUCGACUUUAUGGAUCGCCCGGACAUCCUGUCGUUGCGCCGUGUCCGCUACAUGGUGAUUGACGAGGCAGAUGAGAUGCUUCAUGACGACUGGAAGGACGAGCUCGACCAGAUUCUCUCUGGUGGUGACCAGGAAGAGGGUAAUAUCAAGUAUAUGCUCUUCUCGGCCACUUUCCCUAAGGCUGCUCGUGACCUUGCCACGACCCACUUGGCCGACAAUCAUGUGCGCCUUCGCGUUGGACGCGCUGGAAGCACCCACUCCAACAUCAAGCAGGAUGUCAUUUGGGUCGAACCCUAUUUGAAGAAGCAGGCCUGUCUUGAUCUGCUCAACACGGUGCCUCCCGGUCGCACCAUUAUCUUUGUCAAUAACAAGCGCGCUGCUGACGAACUCGAUGACUUUCUGUUCAACAAGGGAGUCCCCUGUGUCAGUAUGCACAGCGACAGAACUCAGAGGGAGCGCGAGGCUGCCAUGCGCGCCUUCCGUGCCGGAAGAUCGCCUGUGCUGAUCACUACCGCCGUCACUGCUCGCGGUAUCGAUGUGCGCAACGUUCUGCAUGUCAUUAACUUCGACCUCCCCUCCACCAUGUAUGGUGGUAUUGAGGAGUAUGUUCACCGCAUUGGUCGUACCGGUCGUAUCGGCCAUAGAGGUCUUGCCACUUCCUUUUACACUGAGCGUGACGAGGAUAUCGCUUCUGUUCUCACUCGCACCCUCCUCGAGACCGGCCAGGAAAUUCCGGACUUCCUCCAGCAGUACAUUCCCGAGGACACAGAGAAUCUUCACUUCGAGGCCGAUUCCGACUUUGAGGAGGAGGUUGGCGGCGGCGAUGAUGCUAAUGGUGACGAUGCUGGUGACGGCUGGGGUGGUGGUGGUGACGCCGAUGAUGCGGGCGACAAUGCCGGCGGCGAUGGUUGGGGUGCUGGUAACUAA